ACAUUUCCAUCGAAAUAAGUUGCAACCUAUCGUGACAAAAAGUAGAAAGGAACAUAACGCUCGCCACCAAGUCGACAGCUUCACCUGGAAGUAAGGCGCGUCGGCUGUGUAUGACAGAGCAAAGUCAGGAGAGCAACAAAGCCAGAGAUGAGUAUCUUGGCCUACAAUGGAGGGUCCGUCGUGGCCAUGAAGGGCAAGAAUUGUGUGGCCAUUGCUACGGAUCUACGAUUUGGUGUGCAAGCACAGACUAUUACAACGGACUUUGAGCGAGUGUUUGAAGUUGGGCCUCAUCUGUACAUUGGACUUCCUGGCCUUGUGACAGACACACAGACUGUACUCCAGAGACUCAAGUUCCGCAUCAAGAUGUAUGAGAUGAGGGAAGGACGCAAAGUAAAACCCCGCACAUUAAUGGCUAUGGUCCAGAACCUCCUGUAUGAGAGGAGAUUUGGACCCUACUUUGUGGAGCCAGUUAUUGCUGGCUUGGAUCCUGUAACCAAAGACCCUUAUAUUUGUGCUUUGGACUUGAUUGGCUGUCCGUGUGAACCAGCUGAUUUUGUUGUGUCUGGAACAUCAGCAGAGAGUUUGUAUGGUAUGUGUGAAACAACAUGGCGUGAGGAUUUGGAACCAGAUGACUUGUUUGAAUGCAUUGGCCAGUCACUUAUCAAUGCUUUCGAUCGUGAUGCCCUCUCAGGGUGGGGAGCUGUGGUUCAUGUUAUUGAGGAGGACAAAGUAACAACAAGGCAUAUCAAGAGCAGAAUGGACUAAAAGCAGACGUUUCUUUCACAAAGUUUCAUUCUCAUAAGCUAAUUUGUCAACUAUACUUAUUUUAUUAGAAAAGAUUUAUACAAAGAAAAAAGACCAUAUGCACUAAGCACUGGUGUAGCUUUUUCUUGGAAGAUAUGGUGUUCCUGUAAGAUUUACACUUUCUAAGCUUCUCAGUGAAAUAGGAAUUUGAUUUUCAAUGAUCUUAAUAAACCAGUUUUCUUGU